GGCUCUUCCUGCACAAUGGAACGGCAUCACAAUGAUCUACACAAAACAGCUCAACAAAAGAAUCUGGAAGGAUAUGUUGGCUUUGCAAGCCUCCCCAACCAAGUGUACAGGAAGUCUGUCAAGAGGGGCUUUGAGUUCACCCUGAUGGUCGUGGGUGAAUCCGGACUUGGCAAAUCCACGUUGAUCAACUCUCUGUUCCUAACAGACCUGUAUUCAUCAGAGUAUCCUGGACCGUCACAUCGAAUCAAAAAGACUGUACAGGUGGAGCAGUCCAAAGUUUUAAUAAAGGAGGGUGGCGUCCAGCUGCUGCUCACAAUAGUUGACACCCCAGGGUUUGGAGAUGCUGUCGACAACAGCAACUGCUGGCAGCCGAUCAUUGACCACAUAGACAGCAAGUUUGAAGACUACCUGAACUCAGAAUCUCGGGUGAAUAGAAGACAGAUGCCUGACAGCAGAAUCCACUGCUGCCUGUACUUUAUCGCCCCCUCGGGACACGGACUGAAACCCCUGGACAUUGAGUUCAUGAAACGGUUGCAUGAGAAAGUCAAUGUCAUCCCACUGAUCGCCAAAGCAGACACCCUCACUCCAGAGGAAUGCCAACAGUUCAAGAAGCAGAUCAUGCGGGAAAUCCAAGAGCACAAAAUCAAGAUCUACGAGUUCCCCGAGACAGACGACGAAGAGGAGAACAGGCUGGUGAAGAAGAUCAAGGACAAGUUGCCACUGGCUGUAGUAGGAAGCAACACCAUCAUUGAGGUGAACGGCAAAAGGGUCAGAGGGAGACAGUACCCCUGGGGGGUUGCAGAAGUUGAAAACAGUGACCACUGCGACUUCACCAUCCUCAGGGACAUGCUCAUCAGAACUCACAUGCAGGACCUGAAGGAUGUGACGAACAAUGUCCACUAUGAAAACUACCGCAGCAGGAAGCUGGCCGCUGUCACCUACAAUGGAGUUGACAACAACAGGGCCAAAGGACAACUGUCCACCAAACUUGACACAGUUGAAGGAAUGAGUCCUCUGGCCCAGAUGGAGGAGGAGAGGCGAGAGCAUGUGGCUAAGAUGAAGAAGAUGGAGAUGGAGAUGGAGCAGGUGUUUGAGAUGAAAGUCAAGGAAAAAGUGCAGAAGCUCAAAGACUCAGAAGCAGAGCUUCAGCGGCGUCAUGAGCAGAUGAAGAAGAACCUGGAGGCUCAGCACAAGGAGCUGGAGGAGAAGAGACGCGUGUUCGAGGAUGAGAGAGCGAACUGGGAGGCCCAGCAGCGCCUGGAGCAGCAGAAACUGGAGGCCUCCAGGACUCUGGAGAAAAACAAAAAGAAAGGCAAGAUCUUUUAAAGACAGUCGGCAGGACCACCCCAACUUCAGUUGUUUUUGUUUGCCAACGUUGCCGGUCAGGACACCAGUGUGUGGCACUGACAUCACCCCCCUACUCCCCCUCCUCCCCCUCCUCCUCCCCCUCCUCCUCCUCCUCCUCCUCCUCUUCCUCCGGCCCUGCUAUGUCUGCCAGCACAGCUGUGCUCCUGCUCCCACCCACUAGAGGGGGUACUGGGGGUAUUUGUGGGUAAGUGGGGGGGGGGUGGAGAGGGUCUGCAUAAUGUACAGCCAGAACCGCCACCACAGAGCCCCCUCGCUGCCUCGGGACUCAUCAUCAUCAAAGAAUGUGUUUACCUUAACAGCAGAAAAAAAAUAACCCCAUUUUAGAAAAGGCCAAACCCAUAUUAUUAUUUUAAUUAUUAUUAUUAUUAUUAUUAUUAUUAUUAUUGAUAUUAUUAUUGUUGUUGUUAUAACUGUCCCCGCCCCCACCUGCUGCUCUUUUUUCCCCUCCCAAGGUUGCUUUUAAAUGACUGAUGUAAACAGUUUUAUGGAGAGUUAAGACAAAGAAUUACCCACGAGUCGUGUCCGACUGUUGUACAAUCAAGUUCUGGUGAAUGAUUUUUGUUUACAGGAAAAAAAUGACAGUAACAGUAUAUGAACAUUAACCUGAUCUUCUGUCAUGUAUUAAAGUAAGAAGAGGACAAGGCAUUAACUAAUCCUUUUUGUUUUGAGUGUACCCGGUAAUCCGUAACCCUCCUCCUUUGAGUGCGACAGCCUCGAAUUAAAUGGUGUCAACAGAAAAACUUACAACCAUGAAAAACAAUAAAAAAUGAACCUUGGGCCUUUUUAUAGAUUUCUAAAAAAAAAAUAUGGCUAAAGCUUCUUUUUUUUCUGAAAUGUAACGCUUUCUUUUUCCUCUAUGUUUUGCUAUCUCCACUAGCCUUGGACCACCAUUUAUAAUGUCAUAAGUGUUAUAUUUCACUUUAGUUUAUUUUUAUAUAUACCGAGCCAGCUGAAGUAAUAACUUCUUUUGUAUGUUUAGAAAACUCUCAGAGACUUGACAGCAGCGUCCACUGUUUGAAAUCAAAAAAACAAACAACCACACUUUCACAUAUAACAGUGAUCCUGGACGUGUUGGAAAAGAAAACAAUAUUUCAGUCACUCUGCGGAAAUGGGUCAGUGGGAAAUGAAGAGUCAACACCGCAAUUUGCUUUGGCUAUGUACUCCAUCUCUAUAUUUUUAAUUUUAUUUUUCAUUUGUAUUGUACAAAGUCACUUAAUAAACCUGUGAUGAUA